AUGGCUGAUUAUACUCUUCUUCAUCUCCUCCCCUUAAUCUGUCUCCUCACAUCUUCAACUGUUGCUCAAAACAAUGGCAACAUAUCAAUAGGCUCAUCUCUCACAGCCACUGACAGAACCACCCCAUGGCUUUCACCUUCCGGUGAUUUUGCAUUUGGGUUUCAACAACUUCAAAAUAACAAAGAUCUCUUCAUGCUUUCCAUAUGGUUUCACAAAUUACCAGAUCAAACAAUAGUUUGGUACCCAUGGAAUGUUGAUCCUUUGCCAAGAGGAACAAAACUAGAGCUCACUUCAGACCGUGGCCUAGUUCUGAGUAAUAGUGAGAACAGCUCUAUAUGGAGUACUAACUCCAUAGCUGAUGAAGUUUCUUACGGUUUUUUUAACGAUACAGGCAACUUUGUUCUUGCGCGCAGUGAUUCUGUCAAUAUAUGGCAGAGUUUCGAUAAUCCGACUGAUACCCUUUUGCCUACACAGAUCAUAAACGUGGCUACCAAUUUUUUCUAUAAGGCUUACUUUGCCACUGCCACAUGGGAUGCUGCGAAUUCAUCAAAUGCUGGUUAUCAACUGAUCUUUAAUGAGAUGGGCAGUAUGUACGUAUUGAAAAGAAGCAACGAAAGAUAUUUUCUGCAUCCAACACAGCCGGCACUUCCAGCUUCAGAUUAUUAUCUUAGAGCCACUCUGAAUUUUGAUGGAAAAGCUCUCUGGUCUUUGCCGGAAAAUAUAUGCGCCGAUAUUGUUGGAGGUGAAGGUAAUAAAGGUAGUGGGCCUUGUGGGUAUAACAGUGUUUUCAGACUUAAUGAAUAUCAAAGACCCAUUUGUGAAUGCCCACGGGGGUACUCAUUACUUGACCCGAAUGAUAAGUACGGAAGUUGCAAACCUAGUUUCAUUCAAAGUUGCGAUGAAUAUAAGUUGGGUUCUCCAGAAGAUCUGUACGAUUUUGUUGAGAUCAUUGAUACAGAUUGGCCAACAUCAGAUUUUGAGCGGUUCAAUCCUUACAGUGAAGAAGAUUGCAGAAAUUCUUGCUUAAAAGAUUGUUUCUGUGCUGUUGCUAUAUAUAGAGACAAUAGCUGUUGGAUGAAGAAGCUAUCACUUUCAUAUGGGAGAAAAGACACCAAUCUUAAGUCGAAGGCUUUUGUAAAAUUUAGGAAAGGUGAUGUUCCUCCACAGACUCGGAGUCCUAGUCCUCCUGUUUCAGAACCCAAGAAGAAGAAAAAUGGAGCUUUGAUCCUUGUGGGAUCAGUGCUUUUGGGGAGCUCUGUAUUCAUCAACUUUGUAUUAAUUGGUGCAACUUGCCUUGGGUUUUUCUUCAUCUACCACAAGAAAAUCGCAAAGAUUCCCCAAAUUAACGAUGUUGUGGGAUCAAAUUUGAGAUGUUUUACAUAUAAAGAGCUCGCAGAAGCUACGAAUGGGUUCAAACAAGAACUGGGAAGAGGUGCUUUUGGCAUAGUUUACAAAGGAGAAUUGCCAAUUGGUUCGACAAAUAUCAUCGCAGUCAAGAAGUUAGAUAGAGUGACUCAAGAUGAUUACAAAGAAUUCAAAACAGAAGUAAAUGUGAUAGGCCAAACUCACCACAAGAACUUGGUUCGACUGCUCGGAUUUUGCGACGAAGGACAGCACCGUUUACUGGUUUAUGAGUAUCUCAGCAAUGGCACACUAGCAGGUUAUCUUUUUGGUGACCCAAAACCCAGUUGGGACAAAAGGACCCAAAUUGCAUUGGGGAUUGCCAAAGGACUCUCCUACCUACAUGAAGAGUGUAGCACCCAAAUCAUUCAUUGCGAUAUCAAGCCUCAGAACAUACUUCUUGAUGAGUAUUACAAUGCUCGGAUUUCUGAUUUUGGAUUGGCAAAGCUUUUGAUGAUCAAUCAGAGUAGAACAAAUACUGGAAUCAGAGGUACUAAAGGCUAUGUUGCGCCCGAAUGGUUUCGAAACACUCCGAUCACAGUGAAGGUUGAUGUGUACAGCUUUGGGGUGUUGUUAAUGGAGAUAAUUUCAUGUAGGAGAAGCUUGGAAGGAUUGGAGGCGGGUGGUGAUGGAGGGAGAGAGAUUUUGACUGAUUGGGUUUGGGACUGCUUUCAGGAAGGAACAUUGGAGGAUUUGGUUCAGGAUGAUAUUGAGGCUUUGGAUGAUGUGAAGAAGCUUGAGAAGUUUGUGAUGGUUGGCAUUUGGUGUAUUCAAGAAGAUCCAUCUCUAAGGCCAACUAUGGGGAAGGUUAGCCAAAUGCUUGAAGGUGUUGUUGAAGUUACAGUGCCUCCAUGUCCAUAUCCUUUUUCUAUUACUGUGUGA